AUGGGGCUUAGUGGAGCUUACAAUGCUCUUGUCUCUGAUGAGGAUGGCAUUGUAAUAAUCAAGUAUGCAUUCAGUAAAGGAAUUACUUUCUUUGAUACGUCAGAUAUUUAUGGUGUUGACCACUCUAACGAAAUAUUAGUGGGAAAGGAAAUGCUUUCAUUAAGAUGGUCAAUAAGGGAGGAAGUAGCUCGUAAUAAGGAAAACCAAUACUAUAAGUUCUAUCGUAGGAUUAGGAAUUUUGAAGUGGAGGUUGCACUUAAGAAAAUGAAAUCGAAUAAGACUUUAGGACCCGAUGAUAUCGCUAUUGAAGCUUGGAAAUGUUUGGCAUUAAAGGAUUUGCCUCAAGAAAAAGUUCAGUUAGCUACGAAAUUUGGAAUUGUCAAAAUGGAACCUACUCAAGUUGUGGUGAAGGGUACUGUUAAAUAUGUUUGCUUCUGUUGUGAGGCUAGUUUGAAGGUCCUGCGUGUGGACUACAUUGAUCUCUACUACGUACACUGGAUUGACACAUUAGUACCGAUAGAGGAGACUAUGUGGGGAGCUAUGGGAGAUGUGAAGGUUGUGGAUCUAGGAUCAGAUUUCUUUUUGGUAAGGCUUUCCAAUAGAGAUGAUUAUGAUCAUGUGCUUUUUGAUGGUCCAUAA